AUGCGCUUCCCGCUUCAAGCCACCCCCUUCGGGACUCCAUUUCCCAGUGUGCAACGCGCCGCUGAGAUGCGCUACCUUAGAGAGCGCUUCUUUCUCUCCGCUCCCCCGCCUCCUGAGGAAAAGUCUGCGCGCGCACGUGCCCGGCGCCUCUCCGGAAGCGCCUACAUUUCCCAUGCUGCCCCGCGGCCGCCCCACGCGUUUGUGAGGGAGGGAGGGAAAAAAAAACCCGCGCCGAGGAGGCGCGUCACGUGGCUCGUGCUAUAUAAAGGGAGGCGCUGCGCCGGCAGCCCUAUUGUUAUCGCCGAGCCGGAGCCGAGGAGGCCGGUGGUCCUCGCCGCCCGGGGCUGUCGCCUGCCAGAGCCGCCCCCACCGCCGCCGCCCCCACCGGUUUCCCUCUCCCUCCCCUCCCGAAGCACGGCGCCGCUGCUUGACUCCCGUCCCCCCCUGACCCUGGGGGAGCUUCGCCCUGCAGCCCCGGCCUGUGCGGAGGGAGGGGAGGAGGGACCGGCGGGAGGGAGGAGGAGCCCCCACCCGGUGAGUGAGGGGCCGCCGGGCCCGGGGGGGGCGCUGCGGGGGGGCGGGGGGGGCAGAGGGAGGUCAGAAGGCUCUUCAUCCUCCCUUCAUAUAUAUAGAUAUAGAGCAUCCCAGACCAUAAUGAUCUCUAUACUGUAUGUAGAUACCUGAAUAUCUAUAUCUAUCUAUCUAUCUAUCUAUCUGGUUUGAAGGCAGUAGAUUUCACUCAUUUCUUGAGGGGAGCUCCCUCAGCCUUAUUCUCCCUACUUAGAUUAUUUCUGCAGUUCCUUAAUUAUAAUUAUAGCAUCCCAGGACCAUAAUUAGACUGUAUGUAGAUAUCUAUAUCUGGUUUGAAGGCAGUGGAUUUUACUCACUUCUUAAAGGGAGGGGAGCUCCCUCAGCCUUAUUCUCCCUACUUAGAUUAUUUUGUAGUUGCUUGAGAUUUCAGAAAGGGGGGGGUGAGAACCCCUUUAUCAUCCCCCCCUUCCUUAUCAUCUCCUUCCCCAUCCCUUUUCAGUCCCUCCCUGAAGCUAAAGGCUACUUCAUGAAGAAGUGAUUAUUGUCUUUUAACUCUUUUUUUUUUUUACAUUGCAGGGCUGGGGGGUGGACUUCCACUUUCAAAUGGCAUGCUGGCUGCCCACCUUUUUGGGGGGAUGCAGGGCUUACCUACCCAGCUGGGUUGAACUAGGCCCCGCUCCUGAACAUUGAGGCAUCAGGUUGCUCCUUUCCCUCUGUCUUGCCCCUCCCUCCCCGCCAUAAUCACAUCUUAAAAGAUGCCUUUUAAUGCAUGUGAGACAAAGAGAGAGCUGUUGUGUCUAUUAUCCUGAGCUGCGUUAAUAUUAUCUUUGAAAUUGCUAAAGAAUUCAACUUAUUUCAAGUUUACCUCAAUAGCCCCCCCCCUCCUCCUCCCACACAGGUGUCUUGCCUCUAGUUGCUGCUUUGGUAGAUGUUCAUCUAUCUCAAGAAGAACUCAGCAACCAUCUCUUGAUACAGCAGCUAUGCGAAUGCACACCCAAGCUGGGCUGAUUGAAAAGGGCAGGUGCUUCUGAAAAGAAGUAUUUUGUUCUUCCUUAUGGCAUUGAGACCUUUUGUGGUGUAGAGUAAGGACUUAAUCUAAGGUACUGUACCGUUCGUUUGAGGUGGGGCUUGCGGAUAUGUGACUAGAGAAUCUUUGGGGCCUUCAUGUGAUGCUUCUUAGAGAGAUUAGCUUAAUGGCUAUUCAAUCAAAGAUGGAUAUAUAUGCUGUUCUUGGUUUUGUGGCCUAGAACGGGGAAAUGUUAUAUGGGCUUACUGGAUGAGAUAAGAAUAUGACAUUCAUGGGGGACUUUUCCUGCUUCAUUGAUGGAGUUCAGAGUGAUGUUUCGGACAUGUCAGGCAGUGAUCUUUUAUUCUUGAGAUUACAUUAGAAAUGGUUUGUCAGAAUCAAGGUGGGCUCAUAUGCUUUGAGGUUUAAUAUUAAGAACAGUAUAAUGGAAGUUUGGCCUUGAAGAUCAAGUGUUUUAACGCCAGUUGAAUCCCAGGCAAUUCCUGAAUACAAUGUGCAUUACUUUUCUUCCCAGCAUUUGAAGGCUCUUGUAAGCCUUUUCUUUAGAAGGUUCUGGAAAGUCUCUCUCUUUCCCCGCCUUAGAUCGUCCACCUCCCCAUGACCAAGCUAUGGGGUCAGAUGUGAGAAUACCCUAUUAGUUAUUUUUAGCAAGAGCGAAGGUCGUGAGAAAUGGAAUGGCAUUGUCUUACUGACUUGCUGGCACUUCCUGAGUUGAGAUGUUUCCUCCCCCUCUUUCAAUGUGAUACAUUAAAGGUCAGCUGCCCCCUUUCACUGGAAUGCUGCACUGGAUAGAUUCUUCUGUGUGUAUUUUGAUGAGGUUUGUAUUUUGAUGAAAUCUUCCUUUUUGAAAUGGAGCUGGGGGUGUGAGGAAAAUCUUAAUAUCUUGAAGAGUCAUUUCGUUAAGCCUGGAAAACACAGUGGCCUCUUACCUCAGCUUGUCAUUGAAUGUGUUGGAGCCAAGUGCGUAAAGGUAGAUUGCAAUAGGCUCAUGAUUAAGGUUCCCCAAAGUUAGUGGCAAUACAAAACACAGCCCAGUCAUCAGAUGUUGCAUGAAAGCCAAUGGUAUAUUCAACCAAAAGCAUAGACUUCUGUACAGGGUUCCACAAAGUUUGAAAAUUGCUCAGCCCUGCAUGAAGUGAUGGAGAACUUGAGGGAGUGGCAGUGGUGGUAUUUCUCAUAUCAUGGCAUGAAGUGAGAAAAUUUCCCCUCUCCUCGCCUUCCACAUUAUGAGUGUUCAGUUGUGGACAGAGAACUCUGGGAGGGUUUUCCUGCCACGCUUGUGCAUAAAUACAUUUGCCAGGGAACUGAUUCCCUGAUUGCCAGUGACAACAACCUAAUAAGCCCUGUUGGCAUAAUACAACCAUCACCGACCUGGUUCCCUCCAGAUAUUGCGCUCCAUCAACUGUAGCCAGCAUAGCCAAGCCAUUGGUCUGGGAUGAUGGGAAAUGUUGUCCAACAGCAUAUGAAAUCCACCAAGUUAGGAAAAGCUGGUAUAUAAUAGCUCAAGUGUCUGCCUCCAAAUCCUCAUGUUGAUGUCCUGAAAAAGUCAACCAUAUGUACUGCUGAUUUUGAAUUUGUAAAAUACUGUACAGUCGUACCUCGGCUCCUGAAUGCUGCAAACCCGGAAGUGAAUGUUCCGGUUUGCAACCGUUCUUUGGAAGCCAAACGUCCGAUGGGGCUUCCAUGGCUUCUGAUUGACUGCAAGAGCUUCCUGCAGCCAAUCCUAAGCCGCACCUUGGUUUCCAAACGUUUUGGAAGUUGAACAGACUUCUGGAACUGAUUCCGUUCAAAUUCCAAGGUACCACUGUACUGUGUUCAAGUGACUCUUCAAGAUGUCGGGCUUAUAGUAACAAUAAGUGAUUUUAAUGCCAUGUGUGUCUGUACUCCUGCUUUUUUAGAGUUGGACACUUGCCUAUUCUGUGUAUUUGCCCAGUGUAACCUGCUGAAGCAUGGUGAUAGAGUUCAUAAGAGGAUACAUGAAAAUGAUUAUGUGAUGGUUUGGAAGGUGAUGUUAGGCCCAGUAAAAUGGUCCUAGAGUAGAUGAGGGAACAGCUUGCCUUGGAGUUUAACCAAAGACGUGUCUUCUUUGCCUCAGAACAAGUGAUGUCAUAAUGACUUUUCAAGAAGGUUAUCUUUCAGAGUCUGAUGUAUGAAAAGUCUGAAUUAUGGUGAGAACAUAGAAGAGGCCACAAAGAAACAUAGCUUUAACUGAGCCAGAAUUCUUCUGUAAUUGUUUAGGAUGGUGCAUUUCACACUUGCUAAAAACAAAACUCUCAUAUAGCAUAUCUGCACUUGAGAGCAAAUUCAAACAUAGUAUUCUUACCCCAGUGGUAUGAAAUAAAGAAGCCACUUUUUACAUGGAUGAGCAAUAAUCUGCUCCUCAUUUAUUCCACAGCAUGUUCCACUGCUGCCAAAUGAAUGGUCUGAGUUGUCUGUCAUCCUUUGUAAGUUCUCAGUUACAGAACAGGCUGAUUCUGACUAGUUCAAGGAGUGCAAACAGUGUUAGAAACAAAGAUAUAUAAGUUAAUUGCCAAAUGGCAUCUUAAUCCUAAAUUAUGGUCACCACAAUGUAAUGCCGAUGUGCCGUUUUCCCUCCAUGAAACAUUACUAUUAUUUUUAUUAAUUUCAUGUCUGUCAUUUUAUAUCAUAAAGGAAAAAAAUCUCAAAGCUGUUUACAACACAUUAAAACAUUAAGUAAAACAACCCAGAAGAAAACAAAUUUAAGCUUCAAGGAAAAUAUAGCAGAUCCUUAUCUAAGUGACAUUUUGCUUUCCCCAUACUUAUUUAGCUACUUAAUUUAUAUAGUUGCACCAUAGCAGAAGCACUCUGAGAAGCCAGUGUGGUAUAGUGGUUAGAGGGUCAGACUAGGACCUGGGAGAUCAGGGUUCAAAUCUCCACUCAGCCAUGAAGCUGACUGGGUGACCUUGGGCCAGUCACAGCCUCUUAGUCUACCUCACAGGGUGAUUGUAGGGAUUGAUUGAUUGAUUGAUUGAUUGAGGUGAACCAUGUCGUCCUUGGAGGAAAAGAUGGGAUAUAAAUGCAAUAAAUAAGCUCUUCUGCUGACCUGCUUAUGAAAGCUGGAGGAGCCAGCCAGAUGGAGAUGUCAUUCGCCACCCUCCCAUCCAUAAAUCUCCACAUGGUUGCAAAUGGAUCUGCGCCAGUUGCAAAAUGUGCCUGGCACCUGGGAAUUUUAAACUCUGAAAAAGGACUAAAGACAUGUUAGCCCUAUUAAAAAAUAUGUCUGACCUUUGAACCCCCCGGAAAUAGAGAAGAACCAUCCGGCCAACAGACAUGAUGCAGUUAAAAAUAAAUAUUGAGGGGAAAAUUGUAGAUGGGUUAACCAGAAAAAUCUCUCUAAAUGCAAUAUAGUUAUCAAUAAAAUUAUUACUAAUAGAACACAAAAUCAAGAUUCAUUCCUGCCUUUCCUCCAAAGCUCUCAAGAAAGGGUGUGUAUGGUUCUCCCUCCUCUUUUUUUUAUCAUCACAUCUCCCUUAUGAGAGAGGGUAGGCUGAGAGAGAGCAGCUGGCCCAUGUUUUACUGGUGGGCUUUGUGACUGAGCAGGGGUUUGAACUCUGGGCUCCCAUGCCCUUGUCCAACUGGUUUCCUAAGCAGUGCACGUUUAAACUAGUUGCAAUAAGACCGUGGUCUUGAUUGUCCUCUGAUCUCAGUUGUAGGUUCAGCUCACAAACGUUAUUUAACCUAUGUGAUUAACCUAUUCUCUGGAGUAUGUUGUCGCUUAGAAGCUGUGUCUUGUUAUCUGAAUGACUUAAUUGGUUUAUAGUGCAGCAAAACACAUUGACUGGGCUCAGGCAAAUGGGCUGAGAGAUAAGUGAGCCUUGUUGCCUACCCAUGCAUCCCUAAGUCUCCAGUUAACAGUAACGUCUCUUGAAGCAUGGUUACCGCCUUUGGAACAAACCGGGAUCUUAAACCAUGGUUUGAUGUUGCUUUUAAAUCCUGGAAGAGGGAGGAGAGUAGGUGUUGUGGGUGCAGACAAAGCUAUCUCAGCUUCUUAAACCAACAUGACCACCUGAACCUAGCUGCGUAAGGUCACACUUGCAGUUGCUUAAUCAUUUUUGCUACUCCCUCCUCCUAGUUUAUUUCUUUGGAAAUUUGUAGAUAUGUGCAGAGUAUGUUAUUUAUUGCUCCUCUUCCCCUAUUCAAAGUGCGGCGACAUCCCCUCUUGUGACAUUCUUGGAAGUUGGUUCCAAAUCCUAGCGUAUGCAUUUGAAAAAGGAGCUCUUUGUUUGGCAGAGCCCUUGGUGCCUUGACAAGAGCUUGUGUGGUCCACUGGGUGUGCAUUCAAUGUUGGUACUGGGUCUGGACGAAAGCUUAUUUUGGAUUCCACCCAUAGACAACAGGAUAGCUCUGUGCUCAAAGCAACCUGACCAGACCUGUCCCUCAAAAAUAAUGGCUUUUUCCAUUUGUUCUGUAGGGUAUCUGUGUUCCGGUCAGUAUUUAUUUGCCUUGUACAGAACACAAUCCACGCUACUGACCCUACAGUAGUUUGCAAUGGGAACAUUAUAGUGUUGUUGCUUUGGGAUAUUCCCCAUGUUUGUUUGUUUGUUUUUAUGGCAGGAGAGCAGUAAGUAUGGGGUACUUGCAGAGCCUCUACGUUCCUCAGCAUCUUCAGAUGACAUCACCCAAUACUAGUGCAGUUUGCGUCUCUCUGCAGUGAUGGUGCCAUGUCAUUCUGGGCACCGUCACUUCUGCUGUAUAUGUGGUAACUUUGUGAAAUUGGACACUCGGGGAAUUCUUGAUGAGGUUAUUCUAUUGCAGAGGUUAUUCUAUUGCAGAAGGGUAUGAGAUCACAAACAGCCUGAUUCUUCACCCCACCCCGCCGCCAAGAAAAAUGCAAUUUAAGAAAGAAGAUAUGUACGCUCCCUUAUUUCAGAGGCUCACGCCAGCUUUCUUUGAUGAUUGACGGUUCUUAAUUUUUCAAAAAAAGAUGUGUCUUUGAUUUACUUCUGUAGAGUCCCAAAAUAGCCUGAGCUCUUUGCAGCAAUACAGAGGGAGUUUGUGCUAGUGGGAGCCCCAGGCCUGCAGAUGGGGCCAUGUUGUCUUCCCUGGGUCCUCCCCUCGUUCAUGGGCUUUUGGGUGUGAGGAAGGGGCAAAGGCUCCCUGCCGUCAGUGUUGGCUCACCUAUUGCAAUUGACUGGCUAAACCUGGGCUUCCCGGUGUUCAUGUGAGCACCACAGGGCACUCGGAUGCCCCACUUUGGCACCAACCUCUGGCCCCUCCCUUUACACUUCGUUGGGCAAGGCUACAACGAAUUAUGCAGAGACAAAGUGGGCAGCCUCCCUUGUGGAUGAGGGCCUCAGGUUCCCACUAGUCUUUCAUUUAUUUCUCUCUUAGCAUGCAGUGUGCCCUGGCAUACAAUCUUACAAAUUUGGGCAAGAACCAUGUGGAAUCAUAGAAUAGAAUCAUAGAAUCAUAGAGUUGGAAGAGACCACAAGGGCCAUCGAGUCCAACCCCCUGCCAAGCAGGAAACACCAUCAGAGCACUCUGAUGGAGCCUUAUUUUUUGUAUAUUGUUAUCUCAUGGGGCGUAGCCAGGAUUUAUGUUGGGAGGGUGCAGAACCUCAGUUAAGUAUUUUGUACACUCAUGAAUCAUCUCUUGGUGGAGUGUUUCCUUUUUUUAAUUCCAUCUCUCUCUGUCUCUCUCUGCCUCCCUUUAGUAGUGAGAGUCCCAAUAGGUGAGCCUUGUAUCCCUUCGUCUGUCAGUCUGCUGUGACAGUUUACUAUGAGAUGGUAGGUAGCACCGUGAUUUCAGUACGUUCUAAUGUCAGCGUUUGCAGGAAUUGCUCUUCCAGUGAAAUUAAGGUCAUGGCAGGAAGCUUGCACUUUCCUGUCUCUGUUUCAGGUUGCCUGCAAACUCUGGAAGACAAUACAGCAUUGCAUUACAUGGAGAACAGCCUGUGUGGGAGCACUCUGUGUCGGCUUUGUUCACAUAUGCUUCCUUCUAAAAGGAGCUUCCUUUUAAAAACCGAAUACUGGCAUUACGAAAAGAAAUUGGAAGAUGCCAAUCACAAGAAUAUAUCUAGAGAGUCUCCUGUCUUAUAUCCCCAGCUUAGAAGGAGGAUUUUAGACCGGGAGUUAUUUUAAAAUGGAGAUCAUCUUAUCUUGACAAAAUGACUUUUAAAAUACGUCUCGGAGUUUGCAGAAUGAUAAUCACUGUAAUGGAAGCCUUGACAUCGCCAACUACAGCUCAUGAAACGUUCCUUAAAGGGAAGGGAAGGAGGAAACAAUCAACCCCUUACCCAUAAUAAUAAUAAAGUGUUUUUAAAGGUUAGUGGAGAUAUACACAGGACUUGCCUCUUGUGUGUUAGGCAGACUUCCCCCUUCCCCUCCUCGGUUUCAAAGUUAACUAUCUUCAGAUUUGCUCCUGCACGUGUAUGUGUGUGUGUUUGCUAACAGUACUUGGGGCCAAACCAUGAUUAGAAGCAGGUUUGCAUAGUGCUUUUAACCAUAGUUCCAAAACUGUGAAAGGGAGGGGAGCACUGGCGGUGUGGGUGAACCUGAGCAGGGCUGCUGCUUUUUCUUUCCAUCAUAGCUUAGAGGCUGGACAGAGUUGCAUCUGUGCCAGGUCUCAAUAGGUGACAAGCCCUGACAAUCCAGUUCCGAACUGGGACCAAUUCAGCCAGCUAUGGAAGGCUUUGAAUAUGGCGCAGCCUCGUGAUUUUGGGGUGUGCUUUCUGGAAGACCACACCUUUUCAUUUUGCCUUCUUUGCUUUUGUAGUCUGGCAUUACACAUCAGGAUGGUUAUUAAAGCUUGUAUUUCUGGGAAGUUAAGCAGUGACGAUUUCGCAGAUGUUCUAAGAUGGGAAUGGGAGAUGUUCUGGGAAUGGGAGACAACUGAUAAGAAAAUGGAGAAAGUAGCAAGAUGUUGCCAGGAACACUUGCAGCUGGAAUGAGUUUCCUCUGAGGAUGAAGGUUUGAAACCUGAAUUGCAACCAAUUACUAAGGGGGAUUGUUGAGUGCUUCAUACUGAGUCAGACCCUUGAUCCAGCUAGCGCAGUAUUGUCUACCCUCGCAGGCAAUGGCUCUCCAGGGUUACAGCACCAGGUCCUCUUCCUAGCCCUACCUUGAGGUGCCAAGGAUCAAGGGAUCUUAUGCAUAGAAAGCAGAUGCUCUACCAUGAAUAUAUGUGAUUGGGAAGAUUAGCAAUUGUUUUGAAUCCAGCCUAAAAUGCUGCCAAACCCUGUAGUUCACAUGCUGAAAGUGCUGAGGCUACAUUGGUUUCCUCUGGUUGUAUGCUGGGGCAGUCCAGAAGACAUAUUGGCAAUUGGCUUGAUAUUGGCCCUGGCAAUGUGUAGUCUCUGCAAAUUGGCGCUUUCCGUUAUGGGAUGCUUUCCCAUACUUCUGCCAUAGUAUUGAAACCAGCGGCUGAUGAAACUGCUAAGCAGACACGUUUCAACAAGACAGAGGGGGUGUUUGAGCUGUGUGUGAAGUAUAACUGGGGUGGGGGGCAGUGAUGGAGAUGGGGAGUUCGGGUUGGUAGCAGAGUAAAGCUUGACAGCCUGUUUUAUGGAAGGAAGAGAGCGAGGUAGCGUUGCGCAUAGAGAAUAGUGUUCAAGUUGCAAAGUCUGGCGUGGGAGAAAGGUGCAAAGCGAAAAGUACAUUCUGUGGAGCAGAGUGUGUGUAGGGCAGGGAUGGGGAUUCUGUGGAUCUCUUGGAUGUUCCUGGUCUAGAACUCCCGUCAUCAUUGGCAGGCUAGCUGCAGCUGAUGGGAGUUGGAGUCCAGCCACACUGAGAACACCACAGGUUCCCUAACCCUGAUGUAGGGGAAUAAAAGGAGGUAGGAGACUCUUGAAUGUAAUCACAGAGUCACUGAGCUGUUAAAGUACCAAGGUAGACUUAGGAAAGAGUAAAGAGCGCUGAACCGAAAAGACACACACACACACACACACACACACACACACACACACACGGUUCUCGUUUCAGUCAAUUGAUUGUGAAGGAUGAAAUCUGUGUACUACUUUCAAAAGUACAGAACAGCGUCAAUUGAAAUAAAAACGACCACAAACUUGAGGACUCUUUUGUGGUGGAGGUCAGAGAGCAGCAAUCCCCCCCCCUCCAACGUAAGCAUGGUCUACGAGGAAAAACAGCCCUUGCAGGCAUUGAGUCAUUUUCAAUACACAUAAAUUCAUCCCUGAAGUAAUCUGAGAUUGGCUUUCUCUUGACUGUCCUGGCUCCUUUACCAUGGCAGAGGUGUUCAGUAGCAUCUGCGCUUGGAGAACAGGAUCUUUUGCUUCUCUGGGAAGUGGGUGAAAUAUGUGUCCUAGGGCAGAUGCAAGCUGUACUCCAAAAUCAGAUUGGCAAAGGCUGUACUAGAGGGUGUAAAAGCAGCUCACUGCUCCCUCCCAGUAAGACCACAUUGUGUCCAAGCUUGUGCCAGUUCCUGUCUUCAGAUGGGGUUGGGGGUCAGUAAUUAAAAGGCUCCAAGUAGGAGUAUUGGCCUCCCACCCCCCACUUCUCUUUCUCUCCCCCUUUUGACUGUAGUCAGUGGUUUAAGCUCCUUGUUUGACUGCCUCAAUUAUGUGAUAGGGCUACUCCUACAUGCAUUUCUCUGCCAGCACUUUGCCAGUGGUACUUAACUGCUUGAAUCUCUUUCUUGUUUGCUGCCUUGUGUGUGAGAUGUCACCGGGGUUGGAAGUCUGCCUACUCGCAUACCACCGCAAGAGAAGUUAUGAGGUAGGGGGGUGGUCACAAAGUUUCUUGCAUGUUUUGUUUAAUGCUAUAUCAGUUACUUUUUGCAGAGAAUUCAGUUAAUAAAUCUAUACAUAAAUUAAUUUGGGGCUGGCAAGAAGUUUGCCGUCCAUCAAGCAUGCAAGUUGUAGCAUAGUGGUGCUUUUUCCACACAUGUAAGCUGAUUUGCAGAGGGUUGAAGGUAGAUUUUAAGCAAGAUGACUUUUUACCCACCCACCCCUUUUUCAUUCUGAUUUUCAAGGCUGCUUCUCACGUGUUGGAUCAUCACUUUAUUUCUGUAACCUGAUGAUUUGCUGCUGAAUUUGUGACCUAACAAGGUUAUUCCAGUUGUAUCUGUGUAGUUAGUUCUGUGAGGACCCACUUGCUCGCGCAUGCCAGUCAUCACCAGUGCCUGAGAGGAAGGAUCAUGACACUCUGGCUGCAGUGUUUCUGCGCUGGCUGUUCCGUGCAUGCAUUCUGCCUUCAUUUUUAAAAUAUAGCUUCAAAAAUUUCCAUGGAGCAACAGCAAAACUAAUACCAUAUUUGCUGGCAAGGGUGAGUUCAGUCAUAGUAGACUGGUGACUAGGAGUGGCCGCCAGGACCACAUAACACCGGUUCUGAGAGAUCUGCAUUGGCUCCCAGUACGUUUCCAAGCACAAUUCAAAGUGUUGGUGUUGACCUUUAAAGCCCUAAACGGUCCUGUAUACCUGAAGGAGCGUCUCCACUCCCAUCGUUCAGCCUGGACACUGAGAUCCAGCACCGAGGGUCUUCUGGCAGUUCCCUCAUUGCGAAAAGUGAGGUUACAGGGAACCAGACAGAGGGCCUUCUCGGUAGUGGCACCCGCCCUGUGGAACACCCUCCCAUCACAUGUCAAAGAGAUAAACAACUACCUGACAUUCAGAAGACAUCUGAAGGCAGCCCUGUUCAGGGAAGUUUUUAAUAUUUAACGCUGUAUUGUUUUUAACACUUGAUUGGGAGCUGCCCAGAGUGGCUGGGGAAACUCAGCCAGAUGGGCGGGGUAUAAAUAAUAAAUUAUUAUUAGUAGUAGUAGUAGCAGUAGUAGUACUACAAGUGCACUGAGUGGCACACAGCAGAGUGGAAAUAGUAUAUGAACGGGAUACCUUCUCUCAGCAUGCUUGCAAAGUGCAGGGGCCCACAUGUGCUGCCAGGAUUUCUUGUAAACAAAGGGAACCUUCUCAGGUGCCCAAUAGCAAAUAGUGCCAUUGAGGUAGACCAGUUGGCACAUGUGUUGCUCAGCCCAGACUGUUUCAGUUUACACAUAACUCUUGCUGGUAGGAAAUCCUUGAGGGUGAUGUAAACCUGCAUUCUGGCAGCUCUCCACCCACAUCACUAAUGAAUUGACAUAAGGACUACUAAUGUGACAAAGGUGAGUUGCAGCGGCGUGUGGCGGCUGCGUUCUGUUCUGUCCUAAAACGCACGUGCAAAGCCAAUGAUGUGAGUUUUAUUGGAAUAGCAGUAACCAAAGUCAGUAAAAAAAAAAAACUUUUUUUAAUGCUAGACUGAUUUUAAAGUGGUUUGUUAAUGAAAGAAGGCAAGGGAUGUCUCAUCUGUCCUGUUCACAAAUUUGUUUGAGUCCAUAGAUUUUCCUGUGUGAAUGAGUUUCGUACAGUGGUGCCUCGCAAGACGAAAUUAAUUCGUUCCGCGAGUUUUGUCGUCUUGCGAUUUUCUUCGUCUUGCGAAGCACGAUGUCGGGAAAGUUUUGGAAAAGCUUCAGAAAUCACCAAAGUCUUUAAAAACCUCAAAAAAGGCUACCACACCGCGUUCUAUGAGUUGCUCCUCGAAGUCAAGUCGCAACUGUAUUAACGGUGUUAAGAAAAAGGAAACAAACUUGCAAGACGUUUUCGUCUUGCGAAGCAAGCCCAUAGGGAAAAUCGUCUUGCGAAGCAGCUCAAAAAAACAAAAAGCCUUUCGUCUAGCGAGUUUUUUGUCUUGCGAGGCAUUCGUCUUGCGAGGUACCACUGUAGUCCAGAAGGUGGAGAAAGGGGUGUUUAAAAAACUUACCCAGGCUGACCAGUGUUAGAUACCUAAUCUAAACCUGAGCAACUUGUACCAUCGGGAGGCUCUUCAUAAUUUUUAUAAGUCAAAAUUCCCUUUCUCGCAGUUAGAAGCCAUUAGCUUGGGUCCUACCUGUGGUAGCAACAGAAAACAAAUUUUCUCCAUCAUCUGUGUGACAACCCUUCAAAUAUUUGAAGGCUGCUAUUGUAUUGUCUCUUAUUUGUCUCUCCUGCAGCCUAAAAAUAUGCAAGAUCCUUCCACUUUGUUACAUAUAUGGCCUCCAGGCACUCCCUCCUCAAAUCAUUUCUUUUGCCUAUCUCUGGACAUGUCCCAGUGCUACAUAAACGAUCAUGAUUCAUUUAUAUAGUUCUUCCAGAUAUACAAGAAGGCCUUCUGUAGCCAAUGGUGACCAUAUAACCCUGGCAAACCCUUAGUCUUGUGGGUCUAAUGGAUGAAUGAGACUGGCUUUCCUGUACGUAGCUCUGCCAUUAAAUGGAAAGGUGGACAGCCUGCGUUCCCUAUAGACCUGGAGGGAGAGCAAGCAGGCUAGAAAGUUCCUUUCAGGUUAAACGCAAUCGGUUGGGUUGGCUUGGCAUUGUCUUUUGAAGUUGCCUUCCCCUCUCUGACCCCUGCUUCUCAAAUUCCUCCCUACUCCCUAACCAAAUUAACUUCCCUGGAAGAUUCUUUCUCUCCCCCACCCCCCAACUCCCAUAUCUCAUUCUUGUUGCCUCCUUUGUGCCUGAUCCGCUGAUGUGUUUCACUGGAGGACUCCCACAGUUCACUUCUGUCCUUUCCAUCAGCACUUCCCCCCUGCCCCUGCAACACCGCAGGGUUACCCUCAACAUGUUUGGAAUUCCUUGUCAUAAUGAGAAGCAGCUGAUUCUCCUCCUGCCCAUUGAAACAUUUCUCUCUCAUGUGCAGACCCUUGCAGGAUUCAUGUUGCUGCACUCUGGGUAGUUCAGGGGAGAAGAUCAUUCAGGAGAGGUUCCUGGCAUCCCUAACGUUUGGUAGCUCUUCUGAGUUCUACCGUCAGUCUUCGCGAGGUGCUUAAGUCUUUUCUCUGUGUGUGCUCAUCACAAAAUAGAAUGGCAAACAGCAAUAGUCAGGGUGGUUCUUGACAUCCUAAUGGCCUAGUUUGCACAUCACAGUAAGCCACAAUAUGGCUUACCACGACCACACAAACAUGUUCACACCUGCAUUGCUCCUCCUUGGGCUUCUCAGGUCAGCAGCUAAGCCAAGCUUUGGCUGAGCCUGUCACCCAAACCUGGAAUCGUGGUUAAGGUCCCUCUUCCUUGACCACAACCUGUAGCCAUAGGACAAACCUUGGUCAUAGACAAGGAGGGGAGACCUUAACCAUGAGCCUGGGUUCAGGUGAUAUUCUGAAACUUUGCUUAGCUGCUGCACCAUACUGACCUGAGUGGCUGGGGAGGCCUGGCCAGAUUGGCGGGGUAUACUGUAUUUUUCGCUCUAUAGGACGCACCCGACCAUAGGACGCACCUUGUUUUAGAGGGGGAGAACAAGAAAAAAAAAAUCCUCCCCGUCUCUGCUCAGCGCCCUUUCAGCGAAGCGGCAGGAGAAAUGGAGCCCCUUCCAUUUCUCCUCCCGCUUGGCUGAAGGGGCACUGCGCAGCUCUCCCUCUCUGCUGAAGCCAAGAGAGUCUUGCUCUCCUGGCUUCAGCAAAAGGAACCUGAAGCCUCCGGAGCACAGCGGGACUUCCCGCUGCGCUCCGGAGGCUUCAGGGCGCACCGACCCCUCUCGCUCUCCAGGCUUCAGCGAAAGCAACGCGAAGCCUCCGGAGCGCGCAGGGAGCGCUCCCUCUGCGCUUCAGAGGCUUCGCGUUGCUAUCGCUGAAGCCAAGGAGCCUGCAUUCACUCCAUAGGACACACACACAUUUCCCCUUAAUUUUUGGAGGGGGGAAGUGCGUCCUAUAGAGCGAAAAAUACGGUAAGUAAUAAAUUAUUAUUUAUUUAUUACCUAAAAAUCUCAAGGAGGAUCAGAUCAUCUGUGAUCUCCUCCUUGGGAACCCAAAGCAUUUGGUUUCUAAGCCAUGGUUUGACUUAGCAUGUCUAGUGAACGUGGCUAAUCUCAAAGAGCUUGGUAGAAAAAGUUUCCUUUGUAGGGUAUGUUGCAGUAUAAUCAGUGCUAUUUUUCUAGAAAAAGAGGUGCUGGACCUCACCAUGAACUUCUCCCUUGUUCUCUUUGAAUAGCAAUGGUGCCCACCUGAGACCUGCUGAGCUCCAUUGAGCUCUGGCUGGAAAAGUGCCCUGCAUGUAAUACAGUCUUCCUUAGAAGGUGGGGACCCUUAUCCACUGACCAUAAUUAGAUGUUUCUGAGCAGAACCAACCCAGAAACCAGAGGCAGCCUUCUCACAUUUUGGGUUACUUAAAACUUAAUUGUGGGAAUCAGUAAGAUGGAUUCACAUCUACUUCCCUAAAGGAUAUUUAAGGAAAACUAGGUUCACCUGCUGAGUAGCUGGGUAGAAAAGGUGGUUCUACAAGAUUGUUACUCCAAAGCAGUCAUUCUGAAACUCUGCCAUAAGAAUGUCAGAGCCCUGCUGGAUCAGGCCAGACGCCCAUGUAAUCCUGCAUCUUGUUCUCCCACUGGCUAGCCAGAUGCCUAUGGGAAGUCUGAAAGCAUCAGCACUUUCCCAUUUGUGAUUCCCAGCUACUGGUACUUGGAUACAGUGGUAGUAGAGCCAUUGUGCCAAGUAGCCAUUGGCAAGUCUUAACCUCCAUGAAUUGGUUCAGUCCUCUGACAUGCUGUUGCCUAUUGGGCUCGUCUGCCGCAAUGGUCCCUCCAAGCCUUGAAAGAAAUCGACAGCAACUUGCUCCCUGCGCUUAACAAAUCUGUUGAGAAAUCUUAAAAGGCACAGAUGUAUCAUCACUGUGUUCCAAAUUGCUUUCCUACCGGCUAUAAUGAGUUUUACGUACCGAAAGAAGGUUGCCCACAGAGGGAGAAGGAGAAAGUUGAGUGUGACAGUUCUUGUCUCACUUUUUUCAUUUAAUAAGAUCUCUCAUUAUUCAGGCUGGGCACUCAAUUAGCUAAGUAGCUUCCUUGAAGCAUGCAAGUGCUAUCUGUGCGCUGUCUCCCUUCCCACUUGUUAAUUGCUUGAGUGAUGGGAUAGGGAAGAUAUCUGGGAGAAGGGAGAGCAAACCCCGUGUGAGAAGGGGAGACAGGCAAGUGGUGCCAGAACUGUAUGGGGAAAGGGCAUCCUGUGACGUGUGGCAUAGAAGAGGCAGAGACCGCCUCACCUGGUAUGCCCCGUGGAGGACCUUAAGGUCCAUAAAUAGCAACACUCUAGAAGUCCCGGGCCCUAAGGAAGUCAGAUUAGCCUCAACCAGAGCCAGGGCCUUUUUAACACUGGCUCCGGCCUGGUGGAACGCUCUGUCUCAUGAGACCAGGGCCCUGCAGGAUCUGAUUUCUUUCUGCAGGGCCUGCAAGACAGAGCUAUUCCACCUGGCCUUUGGUUUGGACUCAGUCUGACCCUUAUGUUUCCCUCCCUUUAUGUGAUCUAUAGGCUACUUUUAAAAUGAGGCUGCAUUUUAAAUUGUAUUUUAACCUGUAUUUUAAAUUGGGUUUCCCCCCUCCCUAUUAUGUUUUUACUGUAAUUUUUACUGGUGUUAGCCGCCCUGAGCCCGGCUCUGGCCAGGGAGGGCGGGGUAUAAAUAAAAUUUAUUAUUACUGUGGUACCUCAGGUUACAUACACUUCAGGCUACAGACUCCGCUAACCCAGAAAUAGUGCUUCAGGUUAAGAACUUUGUUUCAGGAUGAGAACAGAAAUUGUGCUCCGGCGGCACGGCGGCAGCAGGAGGCUCCAUUAGCUAAAGUGGCGCUUCAGGUUAACAACAGUUUCAGGUUAAGAACGGACCUCCGGAACGAAUUAAGUACUUAACCCGAGGUACCACUGUAUUGUUAUUAUUAAAGUUCUUCUGGCAGUCACUUGCGCCGCUUCUGAACCAAGACCCUAUUUCAGGGGAAGGGACAACUGGAAGUGGCAGUCUUGUUCUCCCCCCAGCUCACCCCAAAAGCACCGUCUUUAUAGCACCCUUGUGUUGCGUGUGCCAAGGCAGAAAUGUGCAGAAACACACCAGCUCCGUGGCGUCUGGCCUAGCUCAGGAAAAGUCGGCGGGUCCAGAAGCCUUUUCCCUCACCUGUAGCUUUGCAUCCAACACCCAAGGCAACCAGUAAACACCUUGGGAUUUGGCUCGGCUGCUGCGGCGGCACUUGCAUGCGGAGCCAGUUCAUUCCAAAACUGAACGCUGCCUCAGUUCUUUCGCAUAUAAAACUAGGGUUGGGUGUCCUGCCCAAGGGUGGGGACCGCAGUGGCAGGUAGUGAGUUGGUGGCUUGCAAAGUGAAACUGUGUGCUUGACUUUUUACUCCCUGUGCCUCAGCUGAUUUGGAUCGGUCUUGUUUCAUCCUACCUUUUGGAAAACGUUUUUUGAGGUGCAGGGGGCGAGGCCUUUGGGGAAAGGAGAGGAAGGCUCCCAGGUGGGGAGUGGGGCACACUGCGCAAGUGAAUAGGAUGACUCUGCUCGCGUUUUGUUAGCAGCAUGAAGAACUCUCUCUUCUUUUUUGCUCCCAGAGAAGCUGAGCCACGCAGUCAGGAUCUUCUUGCUGCCGUCUGCCACAGCUGGCUGGCAUGUUUCUUUCAAGCCCAUUUGUUCAGCUUAGUUGCCAUGGGAACGGUUGCUAGGACAUUGAUGGGAACAGACAAGUGCAAGGAAGAAGCGGACUGGGCUGGGCAGGGCUGGGUGGGUGGGUGGGUGGUGGUGGGCUUGCAUCAACCAGCAGAAGCAGAGGCCUAUUCUGGGGGAGGGGCAACCGCAAGAGAGAAUUCAGGGGUUGUUUCCCCCUCCCUCCAACAAACUUUAACAUAGAGGCUUCCUGGUUCUUGUGUUCUAUUUUAGGAAAGCGGGGUUUGCGGGAAGAGGUGUUGAGUGGCACUUUCUCAGCUGUGACUUCAGAGGAUGCCGUUUCAGCUUUUGGCAAGGCUUUUAUUGUAUUCCCUUUGUCUUUGGGCCUGCUUUCCCAUCAGAUUCCGGCUGUGAAGGUUGAGAAACCUCUCCGACACUUACUAGCGCCUUUUAUUAUUACAGAGGACGGUUAAAAAUCCGCCCAUCACCCACCCUUCGUGCGUCCCAGCAACAUGUGCGCCUGUCUUUUAAAGAGGGAAAAGUCUUUCUUUCAUGCGUCUACUCGGCCCUGCCUCUAGCUUUUGCAUUUCGUGGGGAGAAAAGGCGGUUUUAAAAAAAUGUUAUUUCUCUCUUAGAAAUGCAGGGCGCAACAGCAAACGACAGGCUUGUGCUCAUGGAGAUCUUCUGUCUCCUAGUGGAGUAAAGGUCAUUGUUUUAUAAUGAAUGUCUUGUUGCAUGAAAGUGGAGAUAGGAAAAAGAAUUGUCAGCAUGAUUUGAGCUUCCUCCCUCCCUUCUUUCUCUAUACAAGUUUCCCCCCCUCCUUUAAAUGGUGUAAAAGUACUGGGCAUUUGGGUAUUGGGGCGCUAAGCUGCUGUAGAGAGUGUUCUGUUAAGAUUUUGUCUCUUUUGCUCUGUGCAUGCAUGCCAUCCAGCCUGAGUCUUUCAAAUGACACAGACUAAACCAGGCAUGGCCAAACUCUGCCCUCCAGAUAUUUUGGGACUACAGUUCCCAUCAUCCUUGAGCACUGGUCCUGUUAGCUAGGGAUGAUGGGAGUUGUAGUCCCAAAACAUCUGGAAGUGGAAGUUUGGCCAUGCCUGGACUAAAUGGUUCAGUUGGUUUUGGGGGAAUGUAAGGAAGAUGUUCUGAAACAUUGAGUGGGGGGGACUAAAAAUUAGAGGUAAAAUACAGUGUGUGCAUGUGUGUUUUGAGAUGGCAAAGGGCAGGGGAGUAACACAUGGAGAGCCAGUGUGGUGUAGUGGUUUGAGUUCUGGACUAGGACCUGGGAGACCCGGGUUCAAAUCCCUGCUUGACGAUGACCUCACUGGAUGACUUGAGCCAGUCACUGCCUACCUCACUGGGUUGUUGGGGGGGUUAUAUGUGGAGGACCAUGUCUGCUGCCUUGAGCUCCUUGAAGAAAAAGGUGGGAUAAUAACAAGGACAUAAAUAAGGUACGACAGUUACUGAGUUUAUUUGAGACCUCUACUUUGUCCUUCAGCUAUGAAGUGCAGUGACAUCUCUCCUUUCUCUUGUCUCCCUCUCCUGCCACAGAAAUUGGGAUUUGUUUUGGUGGUAGUGGAGAGCCUUUGGUGGGGUGUGGAGCCUUUGGUCCUCCAGACAUUGCUGAACUGCAGUUCCCAUCAUCAUUGGCCAUGCUAGCUGGGGCUGAUGGGAGUUGGAGUCCAGCAGUGUCUGACGGGUGGGGCACAGUUUCCUUAUCCCUGAGCUAAGGUGAUGGAGAUUAGACUUUGUCCUGGGUUCUGCUGCUUAGAUUUUUAGCAAAGGAGCUUCUACAGGAAGGCAGAGCCGUUUGCCCCUAAUUAAUUGAUUUUUCUUCUGGCUUUCAAACAGGCCCUCUGCCAACUGACAACCACAAGCUAACCUCCAAGAGAGGCGCUCAUCAGUACCAGCUAUUGGCUGUUACCCUGUCAAGAGCAGCCUUGGUGUAAAGGAUGAUAUGCUUUGGGAAAAAAGAGAGCCACCUGGCAUCCCCCUUCCUCCCCCUCUCUGUAAUGUAACCCAGAUGCUCUCCUAGCUCAAAGGCUGCCUGAGUGUUGGUCUAAUAGGUCCCAUUGUCUUUUGCCUCUGGCUGCUGCUAGCUUCCUCCUACUGGGAAAAGGCAUUGCAGGGCCUACAGAGGGCCCCCCCCCCCAAUCACGUUUCUGCAUAAAGCUAUGCUAUCUGGCAGAAUCCAGGAUGCAGAGAAAAUAAUGGCAGUGCUUCAUGUUUUUUAAAUAGAGCCUAAUGCUAAAUCAGGACUUGCAGAGCAUGUUUGUAGCACACAAAGCCUGCUCCCAUCCCCGUAACAGUAAUGUUUGCAUCUGCAUGGUUUUAUGCCAUACCUCAAUGCAGGGACAAGAGCUCUGGUAGCAUUUGGAGGCUCCCUGGCCUGCCCCCCCUUUUUUUUGGUUGCAAAGCAAGCAGCUUUUGUGAUGGGUAAGAGGGGACAGACCUACAUGGGAGGGCACAAGUCUAGCAGCUCCCUGUAAUAAGGAGAGUUUGUUCCACCACUCCCCUCUCUAGUAAGCCAUUCAGGGCUUAAACCACAAAGGACAAGAGUGGAAGAGUUAAGUUUCUAAUAUCUGUCUAAAAGGGGACCUUGGAGUGUGUGCAUGAUUCUGCCACGGGGGAGACUGUAUUCUGUCCUUUUCUGCCUUAUUUAUUUGUUUUUAAUUCACAAAUAGGAUAGAAUCUGAGGUGCUGUUUGGUGGUUCGUAUACCUAGAAAGCCCUUGGGAUGUUCAGUGAAACAAAAAAACCAAGGUGAGGAGAAAAUUGGAAAGUCUCCUAAAAUUCCAGCAAGAGCUUGCCCCUCUUUGGAUAUGUGCUCAGUAUCGGAGAAGGUUGGGCUUAAAUAUUGGCAAGAGCUUGGCAUCAGCAAGGAAUAUAAAUUCCCUGUAUUGACAGAGUCCAUUGCACCCAUCUGUAUUUCCUGCGUACGGCAGUGGGUACAUUUUAGCUCAAACUGUAUGUGACCACUUUGUCUUCUAUGAGUAGUUAGUUUGAGGGGUUUUCUUUUAAAUUUGUGGGAUCCGAGACUUCAUGGGUUUUUUGUGUGCUUUAAAUAGAGUUGUGAAAGGCAGUUUGUUACACCUGAGGUACCUUUGAGUACUUAAGAGGAGCAGUUGGUUGCUUGAUUGUGCAAGGGCAAUCUCAAAAGCAAAUUGUGUAUGGCAGAGGGGAAGGUAAUAGCAGAGAUUGCAUCUGCUUUGUGCUGCAAGUCUGACCAAAAACAGGGAGUGCUUUUGUUGGGGUUCUGUUAGGGUUUGUUGGGUAUUCACAUUUCAUUCUCAGGUAAGAAUGAUCAACCCCUGGCACAAUAUCUGGCACAACUUCCUGGAAAGUCAAGAAGGAGGUACCACUUCUGUCUCAAAAUGUUCCCCAAGGGUGAACACGUUCACCACAAGAGUGGAAAGUGUUGAGGCUGCAUACUACUUUGUUAACGUGGAGCCCCUUUUGGCUUUCUGAAGACUGAACUUUUUAUUUUCCUCCCUUGUUACAUAGGUAGGGCAAAGGAUGAUCCUUAGGACAAUUGCUGGGUCAUGAUUUCCCAUACUAAACACCUUUGCCAUCACCCUGCUGGCAUUUACUGAACAGCAGCCAUACUCUUGCAUGUGCCAGAUCUCCUCUUACCUUCUGGUCUUCCAGCCAAUGCAUGCUCUUGUGUCUCUUUGCUGGAGGGAUGCAGGCAUGUGUUUCACAUCCAUCUGCCCUUCAGUCAAUAACAUGUGAUGGCAGAAUUUUCUAUUGUGUUUUUGUUGUUGUUAUUGUCUGUGGCUUCCACACUGCUGUGAGAUCAGCAAGACUAUUGGCUGACUCUUCCUAGAGUACUGUGGGUAGCAACAGGGGGUGGGGUGGGGGAGGGAUAAGAAGAUAUUGGCAUAGGAGCUGCAUUGAAUGAGAGAGCCAUGGCCGGCAGAACUGGGUCAUCAGGUCUGCUGUGUUCGCUUACACCCUGUAGUGCAAGUCAGUGUUCCUUCCAAAAGGCUUAACCUAGUCUUUUGCUAUUGGAGAUUAUGAUCUGACUGCCUUGGGGCAGGAUUAUCCCAUCCCUGCCAAAUGCUGGGCUCCUGAUGCACCUUUGUCUGGACUCUGGAACAUCUGUUGCUGGCCCUGAUUUGAGGCAGAUCCCAGAUGAUGCCAAAAAGGAUCUGACCUAAGGUCAUGCAUUUUGUAGUUAUUCAGUGAUGACAUUAAAAAGAUAUUCAUGCAGAUAUUUAUAUUGUGUAACAGCCAAGUAUCUUCCCUCUGUGAAUAAUUGGCAUAAACAAAUGUAUUCCUGCGUGCAUUGUGUGGUAAAAUGGUUGCAAUUUCCCAAUUGGCUUCUGUCGUGCUGUAAGGCUUAGUUUGCUCAAGAUUCCUGUCUGCCUUCUCUCGGAAUGUGAGUGCACACAUGACUCUUGCUCCCUUGGUGUCCGCUAACUGCACAAAAGGCAAGAGCAGAUUUAACCACUCGGAGCCAGCUGCAUGCAUACCACACAUGUCUGACUUGUAAACAUGGUCAGAAAUAGGAAAGCAAAUGGUAUCUUCAGAACCCUCGGUUGCUUCAGUCCGCCAUAGAAUUCCAUCUCUCUGUGAGUGUGUGGUUUUUUGUUUGCUUUUUAAAACCCAUAACCAAAAUAGCAAGGGUUUCAUACUGACUGCUUGUAGUCCAGCUUUGUGCACCUAAGAAUAGGUUGGAUGCAGAGUGUCUAGAAUUCUUCCCUUUAAAAAAGGAAGGGGGGGAAUAGUGGCAGGGGGAGCAGAACACUCAAAAUUCAACACUCAGAAUGAUGUGUAUGAAACAUGCGCAUAGUAGACGGAUGUAGACACUCGGGUGUAUGCAGGCUAUAAAGGUGGGGCUGGCAGAAUUCUUUUGGGAGCCCCAUAGGCCAGGAGCGGCUAACCUUUCUCAGGAUGGGUGAAAAACACUUGAAUACCUUACAAAAAGGAGGUUGUGUAUUUUGUGGCAGGAUGUGUUGGGGUGAAAAGAGUAAUCAGCUGGAGAGACUUUGGUCCCAUUGAGUGCCCUGUCAGGCAGAGGUGGGAAAGCUGGGGCCCUCCAAAUGUUCAGCAACUCCCCAAUUUCCAGCAGCUGCAGCCUGCAUGACCAAGGUCAGGGAUGUUGGGAAUUUCAGUCCAGCAACAUCUGGGGGGGGGCACAGCUUCCCCAUCCCUCCUACGGAGCUCACAAAAGCAGUGCAGGUAUGCAGAGCAUUGUUUUCCUAGUGAGGAAGACCUGAGCCACUUAACUUUGCUUUAACCACUCUUAACUCUGCGUUACCCCAUCUCACAUAUUGGUACACAUCUUUGUGCAAAAGAAUGUUGUUGGGUAUGCUUUGUGCACCAGUAAAGGGCAUUGUAAUUUAUGUUUUCUGUUGGCACCAGGCAGUAAUGUAUGACUGUGCAUAUAAAACAAGCCAAUAGGCACAGAAGGGAAGGGUCAACAUCCUGGGCAGGCACAUACCCAAUCUCUCCAGAAUUUAUUGUGGCAAAGGGGAAGGGGCAGAGUGAGCCGCAGGUUGGUCUGCUGAAGACCUGUCCCAUGCCACUCGGCUUGUGGAUGGAACUGGUGCUGGAUGAAGAAGCUGCUAGAGCUGAGGCUGCAGAGUUAUGUGGUUGCUUCAUGCCUUCCUUCCCAGCAUGCCAACUGCCUCUGGGGGCAGCCAGUGGAGGUAGUAGGUGGCUUUGGGUGGGUGGUCUGCUUGAAGCAGCAAAAACAGCUGAAUGGAAAGUGGACUGUGUCUGCAGCGCAUACUUGGGAGCUGGUAUGAUGUAAGGCGGCUCUUUAUAGAAGCUGUUUAGCUCAGCACAGGGAAAGUAAUGGGAAACAGGAGGGGAGCAGAGCUUGAGGAAUUUAUGGUACUAGUAUGAGUUCGUGUGCUGCGCUUCGUGAAAUCCGUGUGCGAUUCAGUUGUGUGGUGUGAUUGAGUUGCUGAUUCCAACCAUCCCCUCCCCUCUUUGUUAUGUUACCAGGUACCCGGUACACCCCACGGAUUGGCCUGGAGUUGGAGAUCUUCAGUUGACACUAGUCCCCUUUCUGUUCUGUGGCUCUCCAUGCGAGCCAGGGACAAAUGGAUGCAAUCGCAAGUGCCAGCCUCAAGAGGAAGUUUGAUGAGGUGGACGUGGGAUCGCCCAUCUCCAACUCUGAUGAUGAGAUCUCUAACAGCGACAGCGCAGACAGCUGUGACAGCGUCAAUCCACCCAACUCCACCGGCUUCAUACGUAAGUGGUUGGGCCCGUCCUUCAGAAUAUGUGGCACACCCUGCCCAGGGGUUUUGUUUCAGCUUGAUGGUAUCUUCGGAAUAAUUUGCUUGCCUUUAAUUUAGCACUUAGCCAUAGAAGUCUUACUUCAUCAGCAGCGCCCUUGUUGUUGCAUCAAACGUCUACCCUGAGAAAAAUGAGCAUCCCAAGGUGGACCAAGAGGGUGGUGGGUUUGAGGCUCUGAGCAACUACUUUGGAGACCUUUUCAAAAGCAGCACCCUUCCUGUGCCUUUGGCAGCUGUGUGUGGCCUGUGGCUAGUCACCGUUCCUAAACUCCCAUCAGCUUGUUUAUAUAACCAAAUGAAACCGACCGUCUUGCAGUCGUUGGGUCUUGGGAGACUGGUGGUUUUAAUAACACUUUGGAAUGCAUAAUAGGUUUCUUGUCCCCAACAUGAUCCUGAGGGAGUAUGUAUCCAGGGUGCUGCCUGUUUUUCCUGUACUGGGCCUUGCACAAAUGAAUUACAUAAGGAGUUUUAAGGUACUCCAGCGUAGGAGUUGUGCAGUCCAGAAUAUAGUCAUUGACUUUUGCCCUCACUUUGCUCUUUUUUCGUAAUGUUACGGAGAACUGUUCAGUGAGCACACAGUCUUGUACCCCAGAACUUAAGUCUCUGGGUUUGUCUCUACCAGGGUGGUAGUUAGAGGAGCUUUGUUCAGAAUUAACCACAGAUGGGAGUCAAAUUCUGUGCUGCUACUCUGAUAGGUUUCGAUACUUUUUCUUAACUUCAGGGUCGCUGUUGUCUGGUGUAUUUGUGGGGAGGCGUAUUUUUAGAGGCGGUUUGCUUCAAGGGAGGAGUCAGAGUUUUAAGGGAUGGUUCAGGAGACAAGAAUUGGGGGUUAGCAACCAUGGGGGUGGCAAGGGAGAGAGAACCGUCUGAGUAAAGGAAUUCUACGCUGACUUCCUCUUCGUUUACUUGUCUGAAAGGUGCUUUUAUAAAAGAAUGCUAACAUUGGAAAACACCCUCUCACAUUUGUUUAUUGUAACUUGCUCGUUUGUUUAACUAAACUGUGCUAUUGCAGUACAGCGGCUUCGGGGGACCCAUGGCGUCCUUCCGUGGAUUUCUCAGGGAUUUCUCAGUGAGAUGACCCCAGGAUGACAGCUUCUACACCACAGCUGACAUUCCUCUGCAAUGCACAGCCACGGUAGACUGAGUAUGUUGCAGAUUGCACACUUGAUCUAGUCCAGUGGGCCUGGCCAGUGCUCUUCAUGGUCUGUGUGCAUGACAGUCUUCCCCAAUCUGGUGCCCUCCGGAUGUUGCUGAAAUACAGUUCCCAUCAGCCCUGGGGCUGGUGAUGAUUGUAGGAAACAUCUGGAGAGCACCAGGUUUGGGAACAUGCACAGAUCUAUAGUGCCCAGGGAUUCCAUCAUGUUUUGAAAGCCGCUGUGGUAAAGUGCCUAUUAUGUGAAUGAUAGGCCAGUUGGGACUUUGUGGGACCCGAUGACAAGGGAGCAAAGGUAUACUCGGCACUUGCUGUAUCCGUACCCUUCUUUCUCUCCUCCCAGCAACUUCCAUCUUGAAAAGGCAGAAACAGUUGCGCAGGAAGAAUGUGCGCUUCGACCAGGUGACGGUGUACUAUUUUGCAAGGCGCCAGGGAUUCACCAGCGUGCCCAGCCAAGGGGGCAGCUCCUUGGGCAUGGCGCAGCGCCACAACUCCGUCCGCAGGUACACCCUUGGUGAAUUUGCCCAGGAGCAAGAAGUGAACCACCGGGAGAUUCUCAGAGAGCACCUCAAGGAGGAGAAGCUCCACGCCAAGAAAAUGAAGGUACUUUUUUGUGGCCACAAGCAUCUCUCCCACUGGCUUGCAGAAGGUUUUAUUGUGUGGCUAUAACUCCGUGUAAAUUUCGGCACAUAUAAUGGGGGCCAUUAGCACAGCAGCCGUGGGAAAUUCGCUUUGCGUGCCCAUAUCUCUUCAUGCAGUCUGCAACAUUAGCUGUAUUAACCUGUAGGACCCAUCUCUAAGAAGCGUUAAAGACCAAGUGGCCUCUUACGCCCCUUGGCGCAUUUGCAGAUCUGCUACCGUUCUGCAUCAGAAAAAGAUAAAGAAAUCUGCUUCUCUGGUUAUUUUUUAUUUGCCUGAUUCUGCUAAUCCAUGCUAGCUCUGUGCCCCAAACUAAAUUCUGUGCCCGUCCAUCCCCUGUAGAUACACAUAGGCCCUUCACAUGAUGUUGGGACGCAGCUAGGGGCAGUUGCUAAUGCAAAAAUGGGAGCUUAGAGGUUUUUCCCCUAGGGGAAAAGAGCCUCAGCUUGCCAAGAGCUUUCCCAACAAGGGCGUGUGGAGAGAGGGUCAUUUUAGCAGAAAGUGGCUUGCCAGUGAAAGAAGUGGAGGGAUUCCCCAGCUUCUUGCGAAUGAGGCAUCAGAGCAGCACAGCCAGGAGGGGUCUUUGAGUGACUCCAGCCAAUUCUCCCCUAGUGACCUGGCACCAGCUUUUGCACAGCCCCUUCUGCUUUCUGUCAAGCUGAUUCAUGAGGAGGCUGAGGAGCUGCGGUGAAAGAUUCUGGGUCUUGGCCCUACCCCCUGGAAGCAAGCGCCUUGUUCCAGCCUUCUCCAUAUCAUGCCUCCUGGCUGUCUGGCCUGUGUGUCCCUGGGGUUGCCUAGCAACUGGGUUUCCCUUACCAGACUGGAUGCUUCUGUCUACAAACCUAGAAUUUCCAAUCAGUCUCUGGCUGCCAUGACAACCAGCUGAGCAAAAGAGACAAAUACCCUUUCUUAUAGUCCUUCCCCUGAUUCCUUCCUUGUGCUGCGCAUACUUCCAGUCAUGAGGAGGUGAACCUGUUUUGGGGUUGCACUAUUUCAGGGUGCAGGGGUGGGCUCUCAGGAUGACAUGUUCAUCCAUACUAAUGCUCAUUAGAUUGCAUUCAGCGUAGCACUAAGGAGAAUGUUCCAUCAUCCGCACAAGGAUUUCUCCUUGUGCAUUGGAAUGUUCUUCUCCUCUCCUGCCCCUGUGAGCCCCCAAAGUCUCUUCAAGGGGUUGUCUCAACCCUCCAGAGCAGAUCUGGGGUUGAUGUACAGGGGAAAGGAGUGUUGGGCAAGCGCUAGUAUUUUGCUGAAUACCAAUCACUAAAUUAUUUUUAAUUAUUCUUUUUAAAAAGUAUUAAUAAUAUUUGUACAUGUAGAAAACACACACCUUGGGGAAACAGGGGCUAGCCUAGAACCCUUUGUCCUCAUGUGUUAGUUUUCCGUGGGUGUGGAUUUACUUAUUUAAUUGCAUUUGAGCAUCUCCCCCCACUCCAGCCUCAAGUGGCACAUUCCAGAAACAGGCUUGCACACUCAUCCAUGAGAACUUCGCCUAUGCUAUACAGAAGUCCCUGCAGUUCUGAAACUAAGGAGCAUUUGGUUAGGACAGAUCAGUAGGAGUAGUGCCAAAGCAAGUUGAUCAAAUACAUGGCUGUAAUUAUAGGAAGCAAACACAAAUGAAAUGGAAAGUGAUUCUACAAAAAUACCAAUCUGUGGCUCCUGAAUUCUGUGGGAAAUACACUGUUUGAAGUGCAGUCUCCUCAAGCCAGGACUGCAUCUGUACACUCCACACAGAAUCCAGCUUUCAGAAGACCUUGGCUUUUCCAUACGUCUUUGGCAGACAGCUGAGAGAGGCUUAGAAAAGUAUGGGCUAUACCUGAAAGUGUGGGUUGUGGGGGUGGAAGUUAACACAGAGAUUUCCAGCGGCCAGAGAACUAGUUUCACGUGGCCACCUUCUUGCCACCUAUUCCUGGGUCUGUCCCUCCAGCCUCUCCCCUCCCCUCCCCUCCCCAACCCCACCCCUGCAGCAUUCUUGUACAAAUGCCAAUGCCCUCCUCUCUCCCUGUGUCUACCACAUCUGUGUGAAAAAAGAGAAGAAACUACCAACGCCUUCAAAGCUCUAAAUUUCAGAAGCAAGAUAACAGCUCCCUUCUCGGUGCAGACCCAGCGGACCCCCAGCCUACGGUUUCUGCAUUGUCUUCAAACGCCCUGCCUUGAGGAUAGGCUCUGACUGCUUCCCACAUAGCAAGUAGAGAGAGGGGAGAGAGUGUGCAUGUCGCCAGCCUUGUUGCUUUCAUCUCCUGCUUCUUCCAAGAAUCACAGUUAAUGGGUGCGUUUUAAUAUCGCGGCAAUCUUGUGUUGUAAAAUGACCUAAGGUCACCCACGUUUCGGCGCCCUCAGCAGGGAAAGUGGGCUUCCCAAAACCAAGCUGCAGCCGUUGCACCACACUGGCUCUCACUGCUUCCCAUUGAACGUGAGCAGCGAAGCCAAGUAACGUUACUGCGACCUCAGUCAGUCACUCCUGCGAUGAGGCUUUGUUGCAUCAUGUCUCUGAGGAGUAGUCCCUCUGUAGUCCUGUGGCCAGUCUGAUGAAAUCACUUCCACUUGCUUUGUUUUGUGCAGGCAGGUCUCUUUGCCACUGGCAAUACUUCUGGCUGUGAGCACAGGUCUAGGAUUUUGGGGUAGGGAGAGGACAAAAUUCGCUCUGCUCCAUACAAGUUGAGGGAGAGCAGCUGUCCUCUGUGGAGCUCCCUGACUGAGCUGAUGUUCACAGCUCUGGAACUAGCAGUAGUUAGGCUUUCUGUGUGCUCAUUGUCCUCACGGAAAGAGGUGCAUAGAAUUCUUUAACGUAGGAAUUCAGUGGUCACUCUUCAAAACCAUGCACAAGUACAAGAACAUGCUUAGGAACCCUGCUGCUUCUAAUACAUGGAGGUUUGGUUGCAUUUCCCAAGAAAGUUCAUAAAAUAAAAAUGGCAAAAAUCCUCUUGCCUCUGUCCCAUUGUAAUACAGUUGCCUUCUUUCUUUCCCCCUUCCCCUUUGUGUCUUGUCGGCAUGGUGUCCUUAUUAUGCUUGUGCCAGAAAAGACGAAUUAUAUGGUGGAAGUUCUGAUUGCAGAUGCAUUUGGGGGAAAGUGGCGUCUUAUUAGGUGUAAAUGGAGCAGAAGAAAGAGAUGGUGGUAUUUCAAGCAGCACUGAACUCAGAGAACAGAAAAUGGAGUGCAAAACGAAUUGUGCUGCCUUCCCCCAAUCAUUUUGGUUAAGUUGUCUUUUUAAAACUUAACCUUGCAAACAUGAAGGCUAGAAACAUUCUCCCUUAAGAUUCUGUAGAAUGCAACACACGCUGCACUCUCCUCUUCUCUACCUCGCUUCAUUCCCUUGAAAAAUGCAAGCUCCUGCAGGCAGGGACUUUCUGCCCUGGUUUAUAUUACUCUGUAAAUGCAUUGUAUGUUGAUAGCACUAUAUAAAUAACCCAAAGCAGAAAGGGUGAUGUGCACGGAAGAGCCAGGGUACCACAAUAAAACAUAGAAUUUUGGAGUUGGAAGAUACUAUAAGAGUCAUCAAAGGGACGUGGGUGGCACUGUGAUCUAAACCACAGAGCCUAGGGCUUGCCGAUCAGAAGGUCAGCAGUUCGAAUCCGCAUGAUGGUGUGAGCUCCUGUUGUUCGGUCCCAGCUCCUGCCCACCUAGCAGCUCGAAAGCAUGUCAAAGUACCAGUAGAUAAAUAGGUACCGCUCUGGCGGGAAGAUAACCGGCGUUUCUGUGCACUGCUCUGGUUUCUCCAGAAGCUGCUUGGUCAUGCUGGCCACAUGACCUGGAAGCUGUCUGCAGACAAACACCGGCUCCCUUGGCCUAUAGAGCGAGAUGAGCGCGCAACCCCAGAGUCGUUCGCAACUGGACUUUUAACGGUCAGGGGUCCCUUUACCUUUAUGAGAGUCAUCUAGUUCAGCCCCCUGCAAGGCAGGAAUCUUUCAGCCAAUGUGGGCUUGGACCCAUGGCCCUGAGGUUAAGAGUCUCAUGCUCUGCUGACUAAGUGAUUUCAGUUCAUAUGCUCUAGUUCUGUUUUGUCCCUUGUUUUGCCCCCUCCUCCACCACCACCACUCUGGCCUGUUGUAGAAUAUGGGCCGUUUCAUGUACAGUGGUGCCUCGCAAGACGAAAUUAAUUCGUUCCGCGAGUUUUUUCGUCUUGCGGUUUUUUCGUCUUGCGAAGCACGGUGUCAGAAAAGUUUUGGAAAAGCUUCAAAAAUCACCAAAGUCUUCAAAAACCUCAAAAAAGGCUACCACACCGCGUGCUAUGAGUUGCUCCUCGAAGUCAAGUCGCAACUGUAUUAACGGUUUUAAGAAAAAGGAAACAAACUUGCAAGACGUUUCCGUCUUGCGAAGCAAGCCCAUAGGGAAAAUCGUCUUGCGAAGCAACUCAAAAAACCAAAAACCCUUUCGUUUUGCGAGUUUUCCGUCUUGCGAGGCGUUCGUCUUGCGAGGUACCACUGUAUUAAGCUAAACAUUAAUUCAUAGGUAGAUAGAUGAGUGGAUGGAUAGAUAGAUAGAUUUUUUAAAAAAUGUAUUGAAAUAUUUGUAUGCUGCUAUUUAAUUUUAAAAAAAUCAAAGCUGCUUAUACCAAUUACUGUACUACAAUUAAAAACUACACAAAAAUUAAAACAGAUCACUAGCUAUUACAAGGACAUGUGACAGUGGCAUAGGAAACUGCCUUCUAAGCCAGCCUACUGGACCAGUAUUCUCUCCCCUGAGAAAAGGAGCUCUCUGGGGUUUCAGGCAGAAAUCUUCUUUCCCAUCCCUGGAGAUGGAACCUGGGGCCUUCUGUGUGCUGUGCCACUGAGCUGUGACUCUUUCCCGCAGGUUACAGGGAGCUGGAAUUGGAUGUGGCUCUCUGUCAAGGGGUUCACUUUGUGGCAAGCCCUGUUUUUCUCCUAUGCAAUGCAAGAAGGAUGAUAGUGUCUUCUCCCUUAAUUAUUAUUCCUCUAUUAAUCUGAGCUGGUCUUUUUGACCUAGAUAGAGAAGAGGAAUAACUCGCAGAGAAAUAUCUCCCAAAGUCCCUGCCCCCAUCUACUUUCCAAGAAACCCUAAAUUGCUCAAUCUAAGCAUUCAUCUUGCAUAUCAAAUUGCGCCUUGAAUGUGCAGGUUUUCAAAGCGUUUGGAAUGUAUUUACUUUAAGGAGUGGGGCUUUCUUUGGCUACUAGCCUGAGUGGCUAAGUUUCCCCUCCACUGAAUGUGACUUGCAAAGAACCACAAGGGUAGAGUGCCCUGUUGCACUCGUAUCUCAGUGGUCAGCUUCCAAAGGUGUUUGGCUGGUCACUGAGAAGAGGAUGCUGGGCCAGAUGGGUCUUUUUGGUGUGAUCCAGCAGGGCCGCUCUUACAUUAUUAAGUAGCAGUUGCAAGGGGGGGGGAGAACAAAAAGAAGGGCGUGGAAGUGGAAGACAGGUGUGUCUUAGGGACUAAUGAAUGAUUGCUGUGGAAGAGGGAUAAAGGACUGUGCAGGCGACGAAUGGCCCAUCACUUAACCGCCAGAAUGCCUGCCAAGCCCUCACCAGACCUGGCCAGGUUUCCCAGCUUCACUCUGAGUGAGACCAGGGCAAUUUUUAACUUUUUUUAAGCCUAAAAUUCUUGGGACCCUUGCAUUCUGCGCUUGCAUACCAAGUUUUUGCUCUGACGCAAAGAUGCGUGGAAUAAAUUUUCAAAUUUCAACCCAAGGAAAUUGCUUGUCUCUCCGCAGAUUGCAAAGCAGGAUGCGGCUUAGAGAGUGUUGAAGAUUAACUUUGCUGGUGUGUGUGUGUCUUCUCUCUUCUCCCCCACCCAAAGCUGACCAAGAACGGCACCGUGGAGUCGGAGGAGGCGGAUGGGCUGACUCUGGAGGACGUCUCCGACGACGACAUAGAUGUAGAGAACGUGGAGGUGGACGACUACUUCUUCCUGCAGCCCCUGCCCACCAAGAGGCGCCGCGCUCUCCUCCGAGCCUCGGGGGUUCAUCGCAUCGAUGCGGAGGAGAAGCAAGAGCUCCGCGCCAUCCGCCUGUCGCGGGAGGAGUGCGGCUGUGACUGCCGGCUGUACUGUGACCCUGAGGCCUGUGCCUGUAGCCAGGCUGGAAUUAAAUGCCAGGUCAGUGGGGAAACCGCUAGGCUUUGGCCUGAAUUAUACCACACAGUCUUUGUCUGUCUGUCUGUCCCUUUGAAGUUGAACCGUGUCCAUUUAAGGUCUUUGUGACUGCGUUCGCCCUGAGCUUGCAAGGAGAAUCAGUUGUGCUCCCUAGUAAGUCUGUGUGCCCUGCUAAAUUAACACACUGGAAGGUCUUGUGGGAUCCGGUGGUGACACUUGGGCCUUCGCAUCUCUGAGGCAGAGAGAGAGGCAGUCUCCCAUUAUCUCAGGAAGAAUUUCCCCCAAUAGAAGGUAAUUGUUUCAGACUCUGUUUGGGUUUUGGGGAGAGAGGGGGACAGCAAGAUGAGGUGGAUCUUUGUUGUAGGGGAGCUGAAAGGGUUCCUAGGAUGAGCAGCCCUGGUUGCUAUUGAGCGAUAACUCUGUCCUUGCAGUCUGCAUGGUAUCCUCAUUAGUUACUCUGCAUGUGAGGUCUGCUGUCCCUCUGCUCCCCUCUGCUGGCUGCUUUCUGAAAUGAACAGAACACUUUCUCCAUAAAUUUGCAGCAUUUGUGCAAUUCUAAGCACAUGUUCAUGUUUCGUUGUUUUGUUUUCCAUUAUUCUGCUCCUCCUAUUCCUGUGGGGGAGCAUCAGGGAGAACUGUUCAGGAUCCACCAGAAAUCUUGGCUCUGUUUCCACCCCAUCCACCUUCUGAAACUUGUAGUAUUGCCUGUGCUCUUUUACGCUGUCUUUGCAUCCGUUAGAGCUACAAACUUGCCUUCUAAUUUUUAUAUUUGCUGAAAUGAAAGCUGAGAUUCUCAGGAUGCUGACCUCUUCAUCCAGUACCAAAUUCUAUGUUUUCACUGUGUAGAAUUGGUUGUGCAUGUUGUCCUUCUGUUCUAACACAGUCCUUCAGAUUGUGUGCAUUCUGUCCCUUCCUUAAUAUUUUCCCCCACGUGUGCAUCCUUUUCUUCUUCUGCUGGCCGCUUUUUAUGUGAUAAAUGUGCAGUUAUGGUGGGGUGGGGAGGGAGGUCUCAGAUAUUUCCCCCUCAGUGAUGUGCUUCCAAUGGAAGGAUAUGUAAUUCCCAAGCACUAAAGCCUGCAGCAUUUGAUCCCUUGUCCUGGCCAGCAGACCUGUUUUUUUCUUUCAGCUUCUAGAGAUUGGCUUGGGGAGGGGGCUGCAGGAUGGGGCUGCAUGCAGACCUGGCUGUCCUUUUGCUUACCAGCGGCAGCCUGCAUGAAUUUUGCAUGCUCCUCCCGACAGGAACUUGGCUUCUCUUUCCUCCCAGCCUCCCCCCCCCCCCCAAAAAAAAACCUUGGCUAGGCUUGCAUCAUCCGCUCCCUUCCGCAGUGCUCUCCGGCUGGGCCCAGUUUCACUGUCCCUCAACUUCCCCCACCCAGGUGGACCGAAUGUCCUUCCCGUGCGGCUGUUCCAGAGAUGGCUGUGGGAACAUGGCGGGGCGCAUUGAAUUCAAUCCCAUCCGGGUGCGGACUCAUUACCUCCACACGAUUAUGAAACUGGAGCUGGAGAAUAAGCGGCAGGUGAGCCGCCCCCAGACUCUGGAGGAGGAGGCCGCCGCCCCUCCCAGCUCCAGCGGCGAUUGGCUGGGGGCCCAGACCCCCGAGACGCAAGACUUCCAGGAGUUCAUGGCGGAGAACGAAACGGCGGUCAUGCACCUGCAGACGGCCGAGGAGCUGGAGCGGCUGAAGGCCGAGGAAGACUCCAGCAGCGGCUCCAGCGUGGAGAGCCUGGGGGUGUGCAUUUUGGAAGAGCCCCUGGCGGUCCCCGACGGGUUGUGCCCGAGCAUGGCCACGCCCAUCCUCAUCCAAGCCCAGCUGCCCCUGGGCUCCUCCGUUCUGUGCUUUACGGACAGCUCUGAGCAAGCCAGCUCAGCCGAGGGCGGCCAGGCCUACUUGAACAAUGGGCCGGUUGUGUACUAUCAGGUCGACCAAAGGUCGAUGCUGGGCGUGAAGGGCGAGAGCAGCGCCGAGGAGCCCGACAUUCCCCCUCGCUACCCAGACGAGAAGGAGCUGAGCGUCUACUCCGUCCCGGUGACCUCGCUGGUGCCUUGUGCCAGAGCCGCCGUCUCCGGCAGGGCGGAAGGGGGCAAAGCGGCCCUGUCCCUGGAGCCCCUCGCUUCUGAAAGCUGCCCGCCUGAGGUUCCUCCUCCGCCAAGCCUGUCAUUCCACACAAACGUGCCGCAGGACAGUUUGCGGCCCCAGAGUUUGGGGCAGUCUCCGGAGAGGGCCUGUGAGCUGCCCUCUUCGGAGGAGUGCUCCCUGGGACCUGCUCUGGCCGUGUGACCCAUCCCGACCCACUGUAGCUCUUAAUCUUGGAUGUCUAUUUAUUGGCAGAGAAUUUAUCUAACGGCCACAGGCCCCCGGGGGAUUAUUUAACGUGGGGCGUUGGGAGGGGGGGAGCGUUGAAAGAGGGACUGCUUUGUACAGGCUCACUAUGAAACGAACUACAUCCAGGGGGUCAGGGGUUUCUUCUACGGAUUGGGCAGCCUCUUAACACGGAAGCGCCUGGACCACGGACAGGAAACGGUCCAAUUGGAGCUGCUGCAAGGCAGGCACCUUAUCCCCCAUCCUGCAAGGACCAAACGUGAAUGUGUGUCAUGGAAGCAAUAGAGUGGCGCUGCCUUUUCUCCCAGAGCUUUUUGGGGGGAAGGGGGUAGAAGAGGACGUUGCUACUGCUACGGAAUAUCACAAAUCCAUACAUGCUGUGGAAUCUCUCUCUCUGGCCCCGAGUGCAGCUGCCUCCACCUGUACCAUUUUGUCAUCUUUCAGUACUCUGUCUUCUUGGAACUGUGACCUCCUUUAAUCCGCUUGAACUGCUCUGGCCAGUUGCACAGCUUUAGGCUCUUACAAACUCUUAUUUGUGUGACAUUUUUGCAGCCCUUCCUUCCCUCCCUAGGAGAACUUUUCUUCUCCCCCCCCCCACCCCCCAUUUUAAAUUCCAUAUGGAUUAACGCUGACCGUGACUGGUUACACCUGCAGUUUGGCAUGCAACUGUCCAUACAGAACCAUUGGCCUCUGGGAUCCCCCUUGCCCAGUGGCUUCAUCCCAAGCAGGCUUCCUCUCCGUCUUGCUGGCUCUGAAUGGGGUCCGGUGAGAUCGAUCAGGUUCCGUUGUUUCUUUCUUAACUAACAAACAAAAUGUGCUGAAUGUUUACUGGGACUUCCUAUGACACUCCAAUGUCCAUUCUGAGCUGGGGUUUUCUGCCUCUAUGAUGUUAAUCCCUUCUGAUUCUCGAACACUCAAUGCACUUGGAGCGGGGGGCGGUUUGAUCUUCUCAGUGGAGGUAAAGAUCUCAGUGGAGGUAAAGAUCUUGGGUGGACAGGGAGGUCCAGCAGAGUAAUCAUCCUUCUGCCCAGUCGUUCCACUAAUUUUUUUUCCCUCCUUCCCAUCAGCUGUUUCAAGACGUUCCAUUUUAAUUGCACGCUAGUUUGGAGGUGGAUCCGAGAGCUUUAUAUACUCCCUUGCUACUUGCUAGCACCCUAGCCUUCUGGAUGAAUCUGAAUAUGCAAUGCAACUGUAGCCGGCUGGGUUGCGAGCACAAGGGGUUAGGGUGCAAUAGGGUGGCAGUGGAGAAGACCUCCAAGCUGUAUAUGCAUCUCCUGAGAUCUGCAUUGCAAGGAAGGGGUGCAAUUAGCUGUUCUUAUUAGUCCUAGAAUGAAAGGGACAAGGUGGGGUAUCCUUAGAGCUGCCACGUUCUCCCUUGUCCUACUGAUGGUUCUCUCACUGCAAGAUAACAAAAGCACUUUCUGCAUCCACCCUCCCUGGCAUUCUUCUCCCCUAGUUUUUUUGCAGUAACAGAUUAUUGCCUUCCUCUGCAGUUCACUGUUCUGGGUCAGCUUGGGUAUCACCAUGGCUUCCGUGUGGUGUGCCUUUAGAUCAGGAGUGGCUUACUUAAUGGCAUUCCAGAUGUUGCUGGACUCCAGCUCCCAUCAUCCCUGACCAUUGGCUAAGCUCACUGUAAAUGAUAGGAAUGGUAGUCCCAGCAGCAUCUGAGACCCAAGGUUGAAGAACACUGCUCUAAAUACACCAGGUUAGCUCAAAACCAGCACUGAACUUUCCCUACUUUAUAAUCUCUUUCCUUCCCCAGACUGUUCAUGACCUCCAUUACUUACGUAAGCCCUUUGGGAUAUUUAAUUUCCUGCCAUUCAUUGCAGCCUUCCCCAUUCCAUUGCACUCUGGAUGUUUUUGGACUACAACCAGUGCUAUUUUUCUAGAAAAAAGGUGCCGGAACUCACCAUGAACGCCUCCCUUGUUACAACAGCAAUGGCGCCCACCUGGGAGGUGCCGGAACUGAGUUCCAUCAAGUUCCAGCUGGGGAAAAAGCCCUGACUACAACUCCCAUCAUCCCUAACCAUUGGCCAAGCUGGCAAGGACAGAUGGGAGUUGUAGCCCUGUCUGGAGGGCACCAGGUUGGGGGAGGCUGCCUGGAGGAUUCCCUAGGCAGUACAAGGCUGCUGUACUUAUAUUUAUUUAGAAGGGAGGGUGGAAUAUAAGCAUCCCAUGCAAGAAGCAUUCUUCCUUCAUCACUUAAUUCUAUCUGGGAGCUAACACAUGAGUACCCUUAAGAUGUAUGAAAUGCAUGUCGUCUUUUCAGAAGGCAGCUUCUUCCUAAACAGGACUACCUGAAACUGACCGCUGAGCAUCUGGCCGGUGUUUUGGAUAGUGGUUGGGGGAAGAGGGGCUGGUUGACAAGAACCCCAAGCCCGUGAUCCCUCUUAAACCAUAAAGGUGAUGGAGAGAGAACAAAACCAUUUUACCAGCAGCUGCAUCUAACCCACUUCUUUGCCUCCACCUUUAUCACAAUGAUAAAUGGUGGCUAAUAGAGAUGUAAGAAUUGCAGGAAUUUUGAAGCCUUGGUGGUGGAAACUGGUUCCCCCCCCCCCCCGAGGGGGGGUUAGAAAUGGAAGUUUUGGGGGCAAUUGAAAUAAGAACGUAAGAGCAGCUUUCUGGAUCAUGCCAAUGUCCCGUCUAGUCUAGCAUCCUGUUCUCACAGCGGCCAACCAGGUAAUAUGCAAUUCUUACCAAACCUACAUUUAUUUUACUGCUUUUAAUAACCCAAAAGGCAUAAUUUAUAACUUGGCUUAUAAAAUUUUACUCUGGGAUUUCCAGAGCAAUUCUAUGCAUGUUUACCCAGAACUAAUACUUUUUCUGUUUAGUGUUCCAGAGAUAAGCACACACGGAAUUGCUGUAGGCUGCCCAUCCCCUACGCACUUACCUGGGAGUGAGUCAGUUACGCCAAACCAAUGAGACUUAAUUCUGAGCGGUCGGGCUGCAAAGGAUCGUGCUAUGUUAUAACAGGGUGUCUGUGUCACUGUCACUUGAGGGGAGAGGGGAAAAGGUUGACCACAAGGGAAGGACUCGGUCAAAAGCAUAGGUGUAGAAUAUCCACUUCUACUGUGUUCAUAGUACACAUUUUGAGUGAGCAAAAACUUGCCUUAAAGCAUUUAAGUCAUUCCAAAAAAGAAAAUGCUUCAAAUUUCCAUUUUUCCAUCAGAAAGUAGACUCUAGGGCAAACCCCACCAUGUUUUUUCUGGAAAGUUUCCAGUUUGGGCUUUUUUCUGGACCUCCACCUCUCUAGUAACUAAGCACCUUUGCCAACCCAUUUGGAAAAGCCCAUCCUUCUGAAAUGGCACUAGCUCCCAGGGGGAUAAGGUGAACAGAAGCAAUGCAGUCCUGGAAAUGACAGCAACAGGGAGAGAGGUUUUUCUUUCCUUUCUUCCGGAACAGCUCCUGACCUCACAGUAAUAUUGCAGCCCAUGGAAACUUCACACUGCUGGGUUGAUGAGACUUCCGACCAGAUGGUGAGUAUUUAAGUAUAUAAAAAGGCUUUGGUACUUUAUAACUCCUCCCCGAUCUUCCUUUUAACUCCCAAGCUUUCCACCUGCUGCUUAGCAUCAAUACCGCACACCUGAGCUUCCUGCGCUUCGUCUCACAAAUAAGUACUUAAUUGCUGCCUCGCCACCUCCUGCUGCAGUGAACGGUUUGGAAACGGCGCCAAUGUGUGCAGGAGCCAGGCUUCUUUGUGCAAUGACUUUUGAAAUGGGGCAGGGAAGGGAGAAGAGGACCUAGAAGCAUCGGAACGAGAAAAGCCUUAAAAUGUCUAUCACAGUCCCAUUUGCUGCCUUGCGAAGCAAAGGGUGCCGUGCACACAAACGGGUGUCACUGGCCUCGUUGCUAGGAGUUCUGCUGCUAAUAUUUGGGGUUUUCUCCCAUGCUUCUCUACAACCAGGGCUUGAAAAAGGGGCACAGGUGACAUUGCUAGGUAUCCCCCCGCCCUUUCCAUACUAGACGUUUACAAAAUAAAAGGUGCUAUUAAAAAGCUGGCUUUAGUCUCAAAGGCAGUCAUUUCCAGAUGCAACCCUCUCUGUAAGCGUAUGUGUCUGUUGUGCUUGGAGAUUCACAGAGCAGAAGAGUUCUAGCAGGGGGGCAAGGGAUGCGCUCCCUCUACAAAGUUGCGCUGCCUGUCAUCCUAGGCCAAAGGUGCAAAGGAAGUAGGCUUGAAAUGCCCCCAUUAUAUAAACCUCCCCAAGUUCAUCAUAACACCACUGCAGCCUUUAUGGUGUGUGUCCAGUCCCCACCGUUCCCUGCCUUGUGGCGCGACUAGCAGUGUACACUCGCAGGGUGCACCAUUUGUAUCUCUGGCUUCCUGCUGAUGCGUGCAAGGCAAAAAGGACUCCCCCACCCCGCCAGAACACUUAAACACUUCCAGCUGGCCACUCCAGCACUGGCCUAGGAGCCAUGGGCAACUGUGGUGCAGUUGUGUCCUAAACGGUUUAUAUGCCUCACCACCAGCCCCUUAUAUUUGUAGCCUUUAAACUCCACACUGCACGUUCCUUUCUUUGGGGAUUGGCUGUGAUCAACUCUAAAGGAAGAGGUGCAAAUGGGACACACCUCGGCCGCUGGCAAAUUCUCACAAUUUAAGAACUUUGUUCUUUUGAGUGCUUUUAAGCUGCUGCAGCCCAUGAAUGACAGGUGGCCUGCUCUGCAAACGGAAACAACUUCGCACUUAAAUAUCUGCUUUUUGAAACUGAAAAAGGAAUUAUUAUGACUGACAUUCCAAGAAGCAGAGGGUGUUGAAAUAGGUCGAUAGAAACCCAUCUGGAUAAAACUGGCAUCGUGGACACGUACCCAGGCAGCAUCUGAAUUGCUGCAUCACUGUUGUCCUGGCCCUAUGCUCUAAUUGUGUCCAUGAGCCAGCAAAGCUGAUCUGACCUUUUGCGCCUGUGACCUUGGAAAAACAAAGCGUGUCGCCUUGAUGGAAGGACAAAGUAAAAUGGCUUUUGGGUGGGAUGACCUGGUUGCAAGUGAAGAAAAUAUAAAUCCUCAACUCCAAAUCAUGUUAGGAAAUGGAUCUGGUUUUCCUUCACUUGGCUUUUUUUUUUUAAGACUUUUUAAAACGCUGGUACAGCAUACCCAUACGAUGAGCUAGUGUUGUCGCAAAGCGAUCAAACACACACACUCCUCCUUUCUCCUCUCCCUGCCCCCUCCUCUUUUUUGGUGCUAGUGAACUGUUUACAUGGGAAUGGCCCUUUUACUACCUGUUUGGGAAACUCUUUAACUAGGCCCCAGUUUGAGACAUUUGGUACAAGCCCUGCCCCUUCAUCAGUCGUGACUCCGAUAACUUUAUAACUUGCUCUCCGCUCUCCUGCCUCACAUGGUAUACAGGUGGCAUUUUCAAUGUGAAUCCAAAGCUUGUCAGGUCCUCUACAUUUUGUUUUGCCUUUUAUGUUAUUUUCAUUGUGAUAAUGCUGUAUUUAAAGAGGAUAUUUAAGUGUAAAAAUAAAGAAAUGCUUGAACUUGC